UGGCUGUCACUUAGCGGAGGCCGUUGCUAACACGCUGUAUCCGCUCGCAUUGAGUCUCACCUGCCAUCGGUGCUAGGUGCUAACUGUGGCUGUCACAUGCAAGACGUUGAGCCUUUCUAUGUCCUGUUGAUGUUGUAUGAAGCAGCAGCCUGUUGUGUUUCUGCCUUUUUCCCCCCACACACAGUCUAAACCUUUGGAUAGAGUGAUCUUUAGCAAACCAAGUAGCUACUGCUAACUUAAAACAGAGAGGGGGGGGUAUGAACCUCACUUCAUCGAAUUAACGUCGCUUUAUUUGCUAGCUAAAGUAAGAAACUAGUUAUGACAGUGUAGUUCUGUCGUAGUUAUAACAGUACAAGUAUCCGCUAAGCGUAAAAAGGCAGCGUGUCAAUACUAAGGUGUAUGUUUUCCUCCGACAAACACGGCAACGCUUGUUGAGACGAAGCUGUGCUUUAAACGAGAAGCCUAAACGCUGAGUAAACGAGACUACAAAUCUGAGCAGACGUGAGGCCUGGACUCACUAAGAAAAAUACGACGCUAAGAAGAUGCGUCACUAAGUAUUAAUGUGACUUUUCAGCUGUGCGACAUUUGCCUUCUUUUCAGCUAAACAGCAGAGUUUGUAGACUCCAGAUUGUGCAGUCAGGUGAUCUUUUUAUCAGUUCCACUUUGACCCAGAUCUUGCCCAACAAUAGGAAAUUUAUUGUAAUGGAACCACAUUUUUAGAAUUUCUAGACACUUUUUUGUAAUUGUCAGUAAAAGAGGACUUGUCAAACAUGCAGGUUGAUUAUCUUGUUUAAGAGGUUCUGUUAUGUAAGGUUUGUGAAAAGUUAAAAGUUCACCAACCCUCAGUUUCACCACACUGGGCUGUGACAAGGAUUAAGAUUAACCCUAUACGACCGAUCUGUACCAACACAUAGCGGAGGAUGGCUGCAACUGUAAAAAAUCCAUUUUCUCACAUUGUUGAGCCCCUGGACCCCAGUGACCCCAAAAAACUGUUUUUCAAUCUCUCUAAACUUGGAGAUCCCAGAUAUGAACGUCUGCCGUUCUCCAUCCGAGUCCUCCUGGAAUCUGCUGUCAGAAACUGUGAUGAGUUCCUGGUAAAGCACUCGGAUGUAGAAAGUAUCCUCAACUGGAAGCAGACCCAGACCCAGUCUGUGGAGGUUCCGUUUAGACCGGCCCGUGUCAUCCUCCAGGAUUUCACUGGUGUCCCUGCUGUGGUGGACUUUGCAGCUAUGCGUGAUGCGGUGAUGAAACUAGGCGGUGAUCCAGAGAAGAUUAAUCCAGUGUGCCCUGCCGACCUUGUCAUCGAUCAUUCCAUCCAGGUGGAUUACAACAGAAAGUCUGACAGUCUUCAAAAAAAUCAGGAUUUGGAGUUUGACCGGAACAAAGAGAGAUUUCAGUUCUUAAAGUGGGGUUCUAAAGCAUUCCGGAACAUGCGAAUCAUUCCUCCCGGUUCAGGAAUUGUUCACCAAGUUAAUCUGGAGUAUCUGGCCAGAGUGGUGUUCAACUAUGAUGGCUACUUCUAUCCUGACAGUCUGGUGGGCACAGACUCCCACACUACCAUGAUCGAUGGCCUGGGUGUCCUCGGCUGGGGUGUGGGUGGAAUUGAAGCGGAGGCUGUGAUGCUAGGUCAGCCAAUAAGCAUGGUCCUGCCAGAGGUUGUGGGAUACAGGCUGUACGGGACACCAGACAAGCUCAUUACCUCCACUGACAUUGUCCUGACUGUCACUAAGCACCUCCGUCAGGUCGGUGUAGUGGGGAAGUUUGUGGAGUUUUUUGGACCGGGUGUGGCUCAGCUUUCCAUCGCUGACCGUGCUACUAUUGCCAACAUGUGUCCAGAGUAUGGAGCCACGGCAGCCUUCUUCCCUGUGGACGAUGUUAGCGUUCAGUACCUAGAGCAGACGGGGCGAGAGGAAGAGAAGCUGGCCUACAUUACUAAGUACCUGAAGGCUGUGGCCAUGUUCAGAGACUACAAUGAUGUGUCACAGGAUCCAGAUUUUACUCAGGUUGUGGAGCUGGAUUUGAGCACAGUGGUUCCGUGCUGCAGUGGUCCCAAAAGACCCCAGGACAGAAUUCCUGUGUCUGACAUGAAAACGGACUUUGAAAGCUGCCUUGGAGCAAAGCAAGGUUUUAAGGGAUUCCAAGUGCCCCCUGAGCGUCACAACACUGUGGUCCCCUUCCAGUUCAAUGACAAAGAGUACACGCUGAGCCACGGCUCGGUGGUCAUCGCUGCCAUCACCAGCUGCACCAACACCAGCAACCCAUCUGUCAUGCUUGGAGCUGGGCUCCUGGCUAAAAAGGCAAUAAAGUGUGGCUUGAGUGUGAAGCCAUACAUCAAGACCAGCCUGUCGCCGGGCAGUGGAGUGGUCACGUACUACCUAAAGGAGAGUGGCGUCAUGGACUACCUCUUUCAGCUGGGCUUUGAAGUGGUUGGAUAUGGCUGCAUGACGUGUAUAGGCAACAGUGGGCCGCUCCCAGAGCCGGUAGUGGAGGCUAUAACCAAGGGUGAUCUGGUGGCUGCAGGCAUCUUGUCAGGGAACAGAAACUUUGAAGGGCGAGUCCACCCCAACACCAGAGCCAACUACCUGGCUUCUCCUCCGCUGGUCAUUGCCUACGCUAUAGCUGGCACCGUGAGGAUAGACUUUGAGAAGGAGCCCAUUGGUAUUAACUCUGAAGGCAAAGAGAUUUUUCUAAGGGAUAUUUGGCCAACACGAGAAGAAAUCCAGGCCGUGGAGAGAAUGUUUGUUAUUCCCUCAAUGUUCAAAGAAGUCUAUGAGAAGAUUGAGAAAGUGAACGAGCGCUGGAACUCUCUGGUUGCUCCCUCUGAUAAGCUGUAUACCUGGGACCCCAAAUCAACCUACAUCAAGUCACCACCCUUCUUUGAUGGCUUGACCAUGAAGUUGCACCCUCCUAAGUCCAUACAUGAUGCCUUUGUGCUGCUGAACCUGGGAGACUCUGUCACAACGGACCAUAUUUCUCCUGCAGGGAACAUCGCCAGGAACAGCCCUGCAGCACGUUACCUGACCAGCAGAGGUAUGACCCCACGUGACUACAACUCUUACGGCUCUCGUCGAGGAAAUGAUGCUGUGAUGGCGAGAGGAACAUUUGCCAACAUCCGUCUGUUCAACAAGUUCCUCAACAAACAAGCACCACAAACUCUUCACCUGCCAAGUGGAGAAACGUUGGAUGUGUUUGAUGCUGCAGAGAGGUACCAGCAGUCUGGUGUCCCUCUGCUGGUUCUGGCAGGAAAGGAGUACGGCUCUGGAAGCUCCAGGGACUGGGCAGCUAAAGGACCUUUCCUGCUGGGCAUUAAGGCAGUCCUAGCAGAAAGCUACGAACGGAUCCACCGCAGCAACCUGGUUGGGAUGGGAGUGAUUCCAUUGGAGUAUUUACCUGGAGACACUGCUGACAGUCUGGGGCUGACUGGCAGAGAGCGCUACACCAUCAUCAUCCCCGAGCAGCUCACACCCAGGAUGAUCAUCGACAUUAAGCUUGAUACAGGAAAAACAUUUCAAGUGCGGAUGCGGUUUGACACAGAUGUGGAGCUGGCGUAUUUCCACCACGGAGGCAUCCUCAACUAUAUGAUCCGCAAGAUGUCUACAAACUAACAUGUGCAGCACAGAAAGAGAGAAGCACAUGCUAAUUCUCUGUUGCAGUCUAAAAACAGUAACAUCACAAUUGACAGAACAAUAUCGUACAGGAAUCAUCCAACGAGAAGCUAGAGUCUUUAAUCUGUUUUGAGAAUGCUGCUAUGAGUCAAGUUUUCAUUGUGUAACAGGCCAGGAGAAUAUUCACAACAUGUUCAUACUUGGUGAAGUUAUGCAAGUACUGUACAGGUUGUACAGGUUUUGGGGGGGAGGUGCAACUCUUUAGCUUUAUAUCAGGGCCAAGACUUGAUCAUAACAUUCCAUUCUGUGCAGCUCGUGUGUGGUUACCUUCUACUCAUAUUGUAACAAGAACUGUAACCGUUUGAAUAACAUUUAACAUUCAGCCAAAUCUGUGUUACUAAGUUGAAGCAUGAGUCCUGUGCUCGUCAUCAUUUAUAGUAGCUUCAGAGAACAUUAGUUGCCAGUCCCCUUUUCUCUAGUCUUCAAAUGGCAGCACUAGACAGCACUGUUGUUGUGGUCCAGCCCAGAAGUUGGCAUCAAUUUGGUUUAAACGUGUUCUUGAAAACUUAAUUUUUUAGAAAUUAUAUAGGAAUUAAAUGAAAUUGCAGCAAGUUUAUUUAAGGAUAACAUUGGUGAUGGAACCAACCGAUUACUCAGGUGCUUUUAUUUCACUUUAUUUACCUGUCCACUGCCUUAUACUGUAAUUAAUCAUCCUGAUUCAUCUGUCUUUGACGCCUGUGUCCAUUUGUUUUACUGAUGAAGACUGACAGAACCAUGUUCUUAAACUGUUCCAAAUGCAUUACGCCACAGAAUAAAUCAUUUUUAUAGUCA